GAUGGGAGUUCAGCUGGGCUCUAGGUAGCUGCUUGGUUUGCUAUUGCGGCAAUGCUCGGCGCUGGUGGGAGAGAGGGAGACUGAUGACUCAUCAAGUCAGGUGGUUGUGCCUCUGCUGUGUGUCAGAAAUUUCUUUCCCCUCUGCAGCAGGCUUUCUCAUCCCUCUGUGUAGGGGCACUAGAAGGACAAGUAUUUCGUGAGUGGUGGUGAUGAACUGCUGAUUUCUGUCUUUUUUUUCAUUGGGUCUGUGGAUUUUUGAUACUCUGUUUCUGCUAAACAAGUUGAAGAGGCAAAAUGGACUUCUCCAAGCUACCUAAAAUCCGUGAUGAGGACAGAGAGGCUUUUGUUGGCUAUGUCCAUGGAGUCUCAGGACCAGUGGUCACAGCGUGCAAUAUGGCAGGUGCUGCUAUGUACGAGCUGGUUCGAGUAGGCCACAGUGAGCUGGUGGGGGAGAUUAUUCGACUGGAAGGUGACUUGGCAACUGUUCAGGUGUACGAAGAAACUUCUGGUGUCUCUGUAGGAGAUCCUGUGCUCCGUACUGGCAAACCCUUGUCAGUGGAACUGGGGCCUGGCAUCAUGGGAGCUAUUUUUGAUGGUAUCCAGAGGCCUCUCUCAGACAUCAGCGCUCUGACCAAAAGUAUCUAUAUCCCUAGAGGAGUCAAUGUGUCAGCUUUGAGCCGAGAUAUCAAAUGGGACUUCGCACCUUUCAAAGGUCUGCGGGUUGGCAACCACAUCACUGGUGGAGAUAUUUAUGGUGUGGUGAAUGAAAACUCCCUUAUCAAACACAAAAUCAUGCUGCCCCCACGGAGCAAGGGUACAGUUACAUACAUUGCUCCACCAGGAAACUAUGACACUUCAGAUGUUGUCUUAGAGCUGGAGUUUGAAGGUGUGAAGGAAAAGUUCACCAUGGUCCAGGUAUGGCCUGUACGUCAAGUCCGUCCUGUUACUGAGAAGUUACCAGCCAAUCAUCCUUUAUUAACUGGCCAGCGGGUCCUGGAUGCCCUCUUCCCGUGUGUACAAGGGGGCACAACAGCGAUUCCUGGGGCAUUCGGUUGUGGGAAGACUGUGAUAUCACAGUCUCUCUCAAAGUACUCCAACAGUGAUGUCAUCAUUUAUGUAGGCUGUGGAGAACGAGGAAAUGAAAUGUCUGAAGUCCUGAGAGAUUUCCCUGAGUUAACAAUGGAAGUUGAUGGCAAGACAGAAAGCAUCAUGAAGAGAACAGCUCUUGUAGCGAAUACUUCCAACAUGCCUGUGGCUGCCAGAGAAGCCUCUAUCUAUACUGGAAUCACCCUGUCUGAAUAUUUCCGGGAUAUGGGCUACCAUGUCAGUAUGAUGGCAGACUCCACUUCCCGAUGGGCUGAGGCCCUCCGAGAAAUUUCAGGGCGAUUGGCUGAAAUGCCAGCUGACAGUGGUUACCCAGCCUACCUUGGUGCCCGUCUGGCCUCUUUCUACGAGCGAGCUGGCAGAGUGAAAUGUCUGGGAAAUCCUGAGAGGGAAGGCAGCGUCAGCAUUGUUGGAGCUGUCUCUCCCCCAGGUGGUGAUUUCUCUGAUCCUGUCACAUCUGCUACACUGGGCAUUGUUCAGGUUUUCUGGGGCCUGGAUAAGAAACUGGCACAACGAAAGCACUUCCCCUCUGUCAACUGGCUGAUCAGUUACAGCAAAUAUACACGUGCCCUGGAUGAAUAUUAUGACAAACAUUUUACAGAGUUUGUCCCUCUCAGGACAAAGGCCAAAGAAAUCCUACAGGAGGAAGAGGACCUUGCUGAGAUUGUGCAGCUUGUGGGGAAGGCUUCCUUGGCAGAAACUGAUAAAAUUACCUUGGAGGUUGCCAAGCUGAUAAAAGAUGACUUCUUGCAACAGAAUGGUUAUACGCCAUAUGACAGAUUCUGCCCUUUCUAUAAAACCGUGGGAAUGCUUUCCAAUAUGAUUGCAUUUUAUGACAUGGCACGCCGUGCUGUAGAAACCACAGCCCAGAGUGACAAUAAGAUCACGUGGUCCAUCAUCCGAGAGAACAUGAGUGAAAUCCUCUACAGACUUACCUCCAUGAAGUUCAAGGACCCUGUCAAAGAUGGCGAAACAAAAAUCAAGGCGGACUAUGCUCAGCUGUUUGAGGAUAUGCAGAAUGCAUUUCGCAGUCUGGAAGACUAGACUCAACCUCUGUGACCACUCCAGUUUGUCCUCUCAAUUCCUCAUCUCAGCUCCUCUGCUUCCCUACCUUACAAGAAUGAUGCAACAGUACUUGAGUUGAUAAAUACCCCUGUGUUUUCCCUGUUCAUACUCAAGAGUGUCCUUACAAAACAUUCCUCUUAGUUUGUGUUUGGCAUUGCUUGGUGUGUCUGAAAUGGUGUGUGAUGAGUGAAUGGGCCUGGCUGAGCGCAGAAAUGUUGUACACUUCUUGGGUGGGAAGAACUUCACCUUGCCUCUCCCAGCUCUCCUGGUAACAGUUUUUCAUCUUGGGAUGUAACAACCAGUUGAGCUGUACUGGCAGAGGAAGUGUUGAUCUUGAUGUAGUCACACGGUACAAUGUGAGCUGGCAGUCGUAAGGGCAUUUACAUCUGGCGCUUUAAGUGACUAUCAUUAUGUAGAACUCCCUAUUCUGAAACAGAAUUUUUGACAAUAUUCUGAUGACUUGUUGAUACAACCAAAAAUUCUUUACUAUUUUGUCCCUUGUGCAACCCCCAGCUGAGUCUGUUAGUAUUGAAAUGUGGUGGUCUCUCUAAGAAGGGACAAAUUAGAAGAUGAGCAGGAACAAGUGACCAGUAUACUUUCGUACACUGGAGGAAGUUUUAUUUUCCUACUUAAUACAGAUAGGAGUGUUGGACUUGGCAUCAGCUAAAAUAAAGCCAUAGGUGCUCAGCUUCCAGCAGAAUUGUACCUCCUUGCUCCCACUCACAAGAUUUCACACUGCUCAGCUGCUUGUUUGUGAAGCUUGUGAUUGCUGCCAUGUUCUGCAGGACAUAUACAGCAAGUUACAGUGAUGCUAUAUGUGUGGACCACGAGCACAGUCCUUCCUCAGUUGUGCUCUGUCUGCCAGUGCAGUUGCCUCCCAGUGCAAUACCCAGGUCUGGCAUGCUGAGGAAAGGAAAGCCUGUGCUUAACCAUCCUCCUCCACCUGUGCUCAAGUGACCUGUCUGGUGGUGGCACAGAAGGUCCCCAGUUCUCCUGUAAGAGGAAUGUCUGAUAAUACACUUCUGGGGGCAGGGGAUGAACAGGGGGAAGGUUCACAAGUACAAAGUGUAUUUACUCCUGCCUUGCUGAUUACAAUGCAAGAGAAACCAGUGACUUUGGUCAACUUCUCUGUGUUCUGGAAGCACGCUAUCAAGCAGCUGAUACUGCUGUGUCUUGGGCUUGUUUAUUGGCAAAAUGAGUGUGAGAUGAGGAAUGAGCAUAGAGCAGCCUUUCUGUCAGACUCCAAGAGCCCAGCACUCACACCAUCGCUGUGGAGUGAGAAACACUGGCAUCUUCUCCAGACUCUCCCACUUACUUGUGUCAGGUGGCAUCCACUGCUGCUUUGCCAUGCAGUGCUCUGUGCCCAGCUGGGUUCCAGCUGACAUCUGCUGCUUCGUUAGGGUCAUGGUUUCAUGACAAAUAACCAUUUGUUGUUGGUGGCGUGGCUGUGUGUUAACUGCACCAAAGUAUUUCCACCAGCUGCCAGCUUUGAACAGUAGCGACGCAAAGUGAUCUCACACUACGGACCAAAUGCUGACACUUCCACUCUGAUACCAACUCGGUGUUUGUCAGGCAGAGCCCAGCUGAAACUUAAAGGGAUUAACUAUUUUUGACUCUCACAAAAGGAGCUACUCCUCCAGCUGAUAUUCUGGUAGUGAAUGGUUAAGUUUACAGCUCACUAAACUUUCAGUGUAGGCUAUUUUACCAAUGAGCAUGUGUGAAUGAGUAGUCACUGUUUAAGCCCUUGCUGGAUUCUUCAUUGUUUGUACCCUUCACCACUGUACUAUGUAGCAUUUCAUGCUAGAAAACAGAUGUUCUUAUCUCUUUACAUAGAGGAUGUUAUAAACUUUACAGAAGAUGUCUAAGGUAAUACAGUUCUAAUAUUUAUUGUGCUGUACCUGGCCCUGAAGUGUGACCAGUUUAAAGUUUCAUAUAUAUAUUUUUGUCAUUUUUUGGUUCGUGUCUGUUUUCAGUGUUGAGAUUCUGAUGUUCACUGUAUCCUGCAAGUCUUCCUCCGCAGCUGCAGGAGGAAUGAAAAGAGGGGAAGGACCCCACCACCUACUUUAUCUUGUAUAUUUCAUAAUGUAUGUUGCUGGAAAUUGUGUAAAAAAAAAAAAUAA